AUGUCUGAUUUGACACCUACCGCGACAUUCAACUAUCUUGCCCCCUUGAACGAGCUCAAACCUCCGGGAACUCCCUAUCGCCUCAACGACAUCCGCGACAAGGAGUCCAACAUCGGGUUGGACGUCUCGGGCUGGGAUGCUCUGAAUGAAGUCCCGACUGUCUUCCAGAACUGGGAAGACGACGGGGCUAUCCGUGACGAGUACUACGCCGAUAUCAUCAGACUUCUGAAGGACAGAUUGGGAGCCACUCGUGUCACGAUCUUCGACCAUACCGUCCGGCGAAGGGUGAAGGAGACCGAGCACAUCCCGGACCAGCCUGGCAAUCGUCAACCAGUAUACCGAGUGCACGUGGACCAGACGCCUACUUCUGGCCGAGACCGGAUCUACAGACACGAUCCAGCUGACGCUGAUCGCCUGCUCGGGACCCGCACUCAGAUCAUCAAUGUCUGGCGCCCCCUUCGUGGUCCCGUCCUUGACGCUCCUCUCGGUCUCUGCCAUCGGCAGAGCAUGGCGGAUAGCGACUUCGUCGAGUCCGAGCUCAGGUACCCGGAUCGACUCGGAUCCACCUACCUGAUCCACCAUAACCCUGAACAUCAGUGGUACUAUCUCACCAAGAUGCAGCCGGAUGAAGCGCUGUUGAUCAAGUGCUACGACAACAAGCUGCCAAAGAUGAUUGCAGCUCACACGGGGUUCUCGCUCGAGGUGCCAAGAGACGUCCAAUAUGAGCCGCGUCAGAGUAUUGAGGUCAGGUGCAUCGUAUACUACGAGGAUCAGCCGUUGAUCUGA